UCCUCUAUUUUCAUAACAUGGGGAAUUUCGUUGGAUGUUUUUUUGCGUCUUAAAGUUCUGUUGGGAAAACACGUUCGAUCACGUCGAUUAUGGACCCCUCAACGAACAUUAUUAGGAGCAACUUCCAGCUGACAUGAUGCGAGUGCAUCUAUAUUAACACUGCAUCUGCAAGAACCAUACUCAUCGUAUGCAUUAGAACCAAAAUCAACUCUUUUAAUGAACGCCGUUCGGAUGUGUUUUUUAAACAAAACUAUCAGCUGAUGUAGUUUAAAAGGAAAUCUUCAGAGUUUUCUGUGGCCAAUGAGUAACAGGCCUUUCCGUAGUGAUGACUUCGUACAGUGUCACUUGCAAACUCGGAGAGGGGAGUUUUGCUAAAGUGUUUCAGCUGAGUUCACUGGACCGAGAUGAGGGCCAAGAUUAUGCCCUGAAAGUGAUCGACAAAGAUCGCUUCUCCAAUGAUGAACGAGACAAGUGUAUGCAGGAAGCCAAGCUGAUGAGGAAGCUGAGACACGAGAAUGUCGUCGCCUGUUUUGAUGCCUUUGAGUACGAGAACCACUUGAUCCUGGUCACAGAGUACUGCCCUCGGGGCGACAUGUACUGUUACCUUGGUGACUGCAGGGAUGCCAAACCUCAACAACCAGUGUCAGAGAACAGGAUUUCUAUGUGGGUGUUGCAGAUUGCCAAGGCUUUACAGUAUCUGCAUGAGAGGAAGAUUCUUCACCGAGACCUGAAGACAAAGAACAUCUUUCUGAUGGAAGAUUUGACUGUGAAAAUAGGAGACCUUGGAAUAGCAAAACAGCUGGACUUUACACUGGCCCAGGCUGAUACCUUCCUGGGAACACCUCUAUACAUGAGUCCCGAGAUAUUCCAGUUCCAGCCCUACAGUUAUAAGGCUGACAUCUGGAGCAUGGGCUGCUGCGUGUACGAGAUGAUGACGUUACGCUUCGCCUUCGAGUCACCAUCACAGCAGAAGAUGGUGCAGAGGAUCAUCAAGGGCAAGGCGCCGACUGUUCCAGCUAUGUACAGCAAGAACCUAGGGAGGCUGGCUAACGACAUGUUGAACAAGGACCCACAGCUCAGGCCUCAUGCUGUGGACAUCGUCAAACAACUACAGUCAAACCAAGAGAGACCCAGCUCAGGGGAUAUGAAGAUCUCGCCACGGAGCAGACGCCGUCUGUCAACAUCUCGAAGUGACAGCCGAGUAGACAUGCCCGAUCUUACGCCAUCACUACGCUCAGACCGACACGCCAUUGUCGACUCCCUCAUGACGUUCUUCAGGCAGAACACGGCAACAGGCUUAGGGAACGGAUUUGAGAUCGGCGUUCUGUCGUCCACAAAAUCUGCACUGUCAAGGACUGUUAAAACAAUAUGGACGCGUAAUCCUAGUCAGGAGGAGACAACUCAGUUUGUGAGAAAAUUCGGGACAGGGUUGCAAAAUGGGGAUAAUCCUCAUAGUGAUGAUAUGGUGGACAAUAUUGGAUACGGAGAGACGUCUGGUGUUCAUGACACUGUGAAGAAGAGCCCAAGAAAACGUGAUAAGACGUCAUCGCAGAGAUCCAUGCUCAGAGACUAUUACCAAGCUGUUGAAAUGUACGAUGAUAAUUAUUAUGACAUCCAGCCUGACCCUGAUGACGUCAUUCAGUGGGCGAGACAGAAUCUGGCAUCUUGUAACGUAUCAGCUGAACCUCCUUCCAAAGAUUCCAUUGAUGAGCCCAAGUCAAGACAACCACCAGAUGCAAAACUAAAAACAAGGAAGAAGAAAAAUUUCUUGAAAGCUGCCUCUGAGAAGAAGAAAACGUCAACAACAGAGAAGGACCAGUCUGCCCAGAGUCAGAAGCCAUCAGUGAAGACAAUGCCCGCUGACAGUUCGAAGACUGUCACUCUCUUUACUCGGAGUCAGAAAGUGGUCUUCAGGAAGGAAGAAUUCCUAGCAGGGGAUGCUGACCCCAUGGAGAGAGAGCUGUCUAAGAGUCUGGGUGGGGACACAGAUAUGGUGAAUAUCGGGAGAUUGUGCAAGUCAGACCUUGGUGACGACAUGUUCAAACGAGCACAGCAGCUGGUGGAAAUAGUGAAGGAUGAACGUCUGCUCCAGGUACAACUACAGGAUCUGCUUGGCUGGAGAAACUACAAGAAAUUUGGAGCCUUUCUGAUUAGUGAAGGUCGGACGUCAUAGACAAUAUACACUGAUACAAGUUCAUGUUUUGACAUUGUUGCUAUGGAUAUGACCUUUGCAAAGUGAUUAUGAAAAGUAAUGUACAUUGAAGGGUGAUUUUCAGUGUUGAACAAACAGAAGCUCAGUUCCUUACUAUUCCCAU